UGAGGUUCAGCCUCGCGGAUCGAGCACAUAAUGUUCCCCUUUCAAUAGCAUCUGCACGGACCGCGACACGGAAACCCGCAUUGGCCUAUUAAUAAGUAGGACUGUACACGCUUAGUGGAGACAACCUGCAUUGUAAUGGAUUGACCUAUAUGGUGGUCAGUUUUUCUCCUUCAUGAGCCGAUGGAAACAGACUCAGCUAGUUGGACUAAUUAGAUCUGUGUUCGUUCUCUCUCUCUCUCUCUCUCUCUCUCUCUCUCUCUCUCUCUCCUGUGUUGGCUCUGAUGCACACGGGCAGAUAUGACCAUUGACUCGGGAUUUACGUUACAUAAUGAGCUUGGAGGGUUCAGCGGCGGGGAGAGAUGCUGUGCGCAUGUUUGACGGAUAAUCCCACUGUUUUAACACCAAUGUGACCCAGAGAGAGAGAGAGAGAGACUGCACAUGCUGCAACAUGAGUUUUUAUUAGACAAAAGUAAACUCAUUACUCAUUCAUAGUCUGUGUAUGUGAUUUUUAGGAUUGUCUGGAGAGGGACCUUAAAAUGAGUGUAAAUAGGCCUAAGUGCUACUAUGAAAUUACCAAACCAGGCAGCUAACAAUGGAUGAUACCAGCUGUUGAACAGGUGUUACAUCUUUCUCUCUGACCAGUCAGAUUCUGUGACACCAUCAGGAAUAUGGGCUAAUCAAUGUUUGCUUGUUCCAGACCUCUGACCGCCCAACACUAUUGUUCAAACACUAUUUUUUUAGGAUACUUAAGGCCAGUGUGGAGGAUUUAGUGGUAUCUAACAGUGACGUUGCAGAUUGCAGACCAUCUGAAUACAGCUCAGCCUUCCAAGCGUGCAGGAGAAAGUACGGUGGCUGUGAAAACUCAUGAAAAAGCACAAGGCCCUAUCUAUAGCCAGUGUUUGGUUUGUCUCUUCCUGGCUACUGUACAGAAGAAACUCUGUAGUAGCCCGCUCCCUCUGUUGGUACAAAAUGUUUAUUCUAGGAUAAUAAAAACACAACAAUUCAUAUUUUCAGGUGAUUAUACACUAAUGAAAACAUAUCUAUGGAUAUUUAAUCAAUUUCUGCCAGUGAGCCUCCUAAAUGUGACACACUGGACCUUUUUAAAGUAAAAACAAAAUGACAAUUCAGUUCAACUAUCAGGCUAAUUUAAAGGUUUUUGCAGUGAUUAUUUAAAAUAUUUUAGUUUUACCUCAAGUGGUGACCUCAUAACAUUUGAGUCACAAAUGUAGAUUAUAUUGAUAAAGCAACCUAUCUGUAAAUAUUUCCUGUUAAUAUUUAGUCAAAGCAUCAGGUACAGGUUACAGAUUUUACUGUAACAGGUGUAUCUACACCAACAUCCUACUGCUCUUCCCACAGUGGGCUAAAGUUGAAACAUGAUCAGCCUAUGUGAUUGGCUGACUGCUGAUCAUGUGACUGCAGUUACAGGAGGCUGUUCUGAACCCUCCCAACAUGCACUGGGAUAUGUUCAUGUAUUUCUAUGGGUGUCAUGUUUCCACUGUUUCAUAACUCUUAAACAAUUAGAUAUUACCAGUGAACGUGGUUCCAUAAUGGAUGAUGUUGAGUGCAUGAUUCUUCCCAAUGGACAUUUUGAUUGCAUUAACAAUCUCCAGCAAAGUGAGUUAUGAAGUUAAUCAUCAGUUAAUCACAAGUGGUAGUGUUCAAAUGACACAUUUCCAUUUGAAUGUCAGAUUAACUACAUUUUGGCUUGGUUCUCUAUUAGUGUACACACUUUAAUUUUGUUUUAUAUUCUAUCAUGUAUAGUAGUGCAUAAACUCUUCAUUAUGAAGAUUAAAUUGUUAUAAUUACACCAACAAAUUAUAGUGACUUCUUAGUUACCUGCAUGUGCUCAUCUAAAAUCAUAAAUAUAUCAAUGCUCUUUCAUUAGCACAAAGCAAUAUUAUUCAUGAACAUCUCGAUUAUGAUCCAGCAAGCUUUCAAUAACCUGCAGGUUUGUUGCUCUGGCAACAGUUUAAAAUCAAUUUUAAGAAGCUUUAAAGCUACAAUUGUCUAUUCUAAUCUGGACAUUUAUGCAUGCACGAAAACAGUGCCCUGCACUUUUUAUUAUGAUAUAUUAAUCCUAAAAAAGAUGGAAGCAAAAAGCUUUUAUGCAUGCGUGCAUGACUUAAACCCAAACACACAGGAGUCCCUCAGUCAUGACUGAAGAAAAACCCUGUUUUGUUUUUUACACGUUUUACAUGCGUGUGUGGUAACAACCACCAGGAGCCAAAAUAAGCUCAUUGCAAAAGCAGACAUUAAGACUCGUGUGUGUUUCUAAUGUCACUUUCUGCUCUGAUGCAGUAGCCUACUGUGUGUUCACACUGCUCCACUUCCUCGCUACAGGCGCAGAUUAGGAAACACGCUGUAUGUAACGCUGUGUUGUUUUGGAAGGUGGGAGGAGCGGCGCAGUCACAACAGCAGAUCUCCAAACGCUGUGCGCAGACCUCGCUCACCUUCACACGGAGGUCGGGCUGUUUGCAGAUCAGCGGAGCGCUUUGUUUUGACGCUCACAAACGUCCUCCUAAAAUUGUUUCCCCUCGCUCGACCUCUCCGCUCGCGUGUCCUCUACAUGGACUGCGUGUUUCAAACGUCGACAUGGACAGGGUCGGAUUAUAGCUGCAGGGUUCGGUCGUGCUGUCAGGUUAUUCGUAUGGCCGGAGCUUGUUGCAAGUGUCCGGUCUCUCUGUCCGUGUUGAAGCGCUCUCUCUCGGUGGCUCCGCGGGGCUGCGGAUCCGCUCCUCGGUCCCUCCUUCUGGGCUGGAGGCUGGGGGAGCGAGGCCUGCAGGAGGCCGCCCGACCCUCCAGCGCCCUCAGACCCGCAGGCUUUUACCGACACACCACCUUCCUCUGUCUCUCCUGCCAGGAGUCCAUGAGUGAGAGUCUGCGGACCUGCUACCUGUACCUGAACCAGACCAGCCGGAGUUUUGCAGCCGUGAUUCAAGCGCUGGACGGGGAGUUGAGACAUGCAGUUUGUAUUUUCUACCUGGUACUGCGAGCGCUGGACACAGUGGAGGACGACAUGAGCAUCCCUCUGGAUAAGAAGGUCCCCAUGCUGAACGAUUUCCACACCUACCUGUACCAGGACGAGUGGUGCUUCACUGAGAGCCAGGAGAAAGACCGACAGGUUCUGGAAGAUUUCCCCACGAUAUCCCUGGAAUUCAGAAACCUCGCUCAGGAGUACAGAGACGUCAUCUCAGACAUCUGCCACCGUAUGGGAGUGGGAAUGGCUGAAUUCCUGGAAAAGAAAGUGGGAUCCAUGAAGGAGUGGGACUUGUAUUGCCACUUUGUGGCCGGGCUUGUCGGUAUCGGUCUGUCUCAGCUGUUCUCUGCGUCCAAGCUGGAGGACCCGGAGGUGGGCCGGGACACGGAGCUGGCCAACUCCAUGGGCCUGUUCCUCCAGAAGACUAACAUCAUCCGAGACUAUCUAGAGGACACACAAGAGGGACGUGCCUUCUGGCCACAAGAGGCUUGGAGUCAGUUUGCCGGUCGUCUGGAAGACUUGGCCCAGCCAGAGAAGCUGGAGUCGGCUCUCUCCUGUCUCAACCUGCUAGUCACCGAUGCUCUACGACACGUCCCGGAUGUUAUCGCCUACCUGUCCCGCCUGCGCAACCAGAGCGUUUUCAAUUUCUGUGCCAUUCCACAGGUGAUGGCUAUAGCUACACUAUCGACAUGCUACAACAACCCCAUGGUGUUCCAGGGAGUAGUGAAGAUCAGAAAGGGACAGGCGGUCACACUCAUGAUGGAAGCCACCAACAUGAGAGCAGUGCAGACCAUCAUCGGCCAGUACAGCCAGGAGAUUUUACAGAAGGUCUCCCUCACUGACCCUUCACGGGACAAGACCCUGCACAUCCUGGCUCUAAUCCAAGAGAAGUCCGCCCUGUCACAGUCCAGCCUCCCCUCUAGAACCCACCACCUGUCGCCCAUGUACCUGUCUGCCGCCAUGCUGCUCGCCGCCCUCAGCUGGCAGUACCUCAGCACCACUGCAGCACAGGCACAGGGCACAGGCGACAUGCAGGGACAAUGAACCCAUUUACGCUCACCUUUCCUGGGGCCCACAGACUCAGAAAAAGCCUCUUUGCUUGCUAUGGAGGUCCUGUUCUCCUCUGACUAAAGGAAUCUGAAACACUUCUUCCCACUUUACCCUCUUACCCUCUGGCCGUUACAGGACCAUGGACAUAUUUAGACUGUGGAGGGGUUCUGGUAGCAGGUUGAUCUCAUUAGGUUGUUUGAUUGUGAUUUUUAGUCCAUCCUGCAUCUGGAUCAGUUAUUUACACACAGUGUUGUGUGGUUAUAUUCACCAGCAUAAAUGGCACAUUGAAACAAUUCAGGGCGUUUUGUUGUUUGACGUUUAUGUUGAUUGUGUUCUUUUUUUUGUUUUAAACAUUUUGACCCUUUGAAUUGAGUGAAAUUAUUCGGCAUAUUUGAAUAUUUCAAGAGAGAAACUGAUCAAAUGAAUUCAUUGUUUUGUCAUUAAAAUUAAUAAUAAUUGUCUUCCUUAAAGUUUGUUAAUAUGGUGAAAUGCACCAUGUGUGACUGCCCAUUUCAGGAUUUGGAGAGAACAUUGUCACCAAACUUAAUUAAAGGGGACCUGUUAUUUCCAGCGCUAUAUUUUUAUUCUAGGGAACCACUAGAGUAGCUUUAAUAGUUUCUGGUCUUCCCUCUGGACUUUGGGCUGCCCUGCUUUAAUUUUUCAUUAUUUACAGUUUCCUGAUGGACCGAUAGUAGUUAGCUAACUGCUGCAAACUGUUCCUGCUGUUCAGUAGUUAAUUGUGCAACUAGUAGUCUUAUUAGCUGACUGGCAGACUGGAAGCUCAGAGCACCAGGGGAGUGUUUAACGUUACGUCUCUGGAACAGGAACUUUAAACCGCCUGCGGUGGUGCCUGAAGGUCCAAGUAUGUCAGUCAGUAGCAGUUAGCAGUUGGCUACUUUAGCAGUAAGUAAUGCUAAAUGUCCAUCAGUAAACAACGUAAAUCACAGAGGAGCCAGAGGACAUCGGAGAGAGAAACAGAAACCGUUGAACUUUCACAUACAACCAAAAAAGCCUUUUCUGCAAGACAAAAACUUGAGCUGAACGUCGGCUUGUUGCACAGUGGAAAAAAUAGUUUUUGCUCACAGGGAAUAACUUUAACAUAUUAACCUUAUUAUCUGACAUUCUAACAAUAUAUAUAUAUAUAACAGAAAAUAAGGGAAAUCAUAUAAUAGAAAGCAUAAUAGGUCCCCUUUAAGUUUGUGGUUGAUUUUGUGUCAAAUUUUCGUUUUGUUUUUUUGUUUAGCUUACAGAAGAAACUCAAAUGAACUGUUACACGUUCCAAUAGACACACAGUAUGUUAACAUAGACGACAGAAUCCACUCACAGUAGAGCUUAAUUUCAACACUUUAUGUCUGUGUUCUAUUUCAACUCUGUGUCCUUAGGAAAAAUAAAUAGGAAAAAAAGAACAGACGGUGCAAUUUCAAGGUAGUUUUGACUGUUUAAAUGAUUAUGGGAGAGAAAAUGUAAUUUCUAAUACAUUUGAUGUCUGAAAGAAAUGCAUAUUGAGACUGCUAGCUAAAGUGUCCUUAAUGCAGCUUUGGUGAGUAGAAAGGCUAGCACAGAGUAACCUUGUACAGAACCAAAGGAGAGCUACAAACAUUGCUAUGUAAUGUGAAAGUUUGAUUUGUACAUAUUUGAACAAAUAAACAGAUGAAGUAAAAGAAUGUAAA